UGAGGUGAGGUGAGGUGUGAGGUGAGGUGUGAGGUGAGGUGUGAGGUGAGGUGAGGUGUGAGGUGAUGGUCCUGCAGCAGUUGUGUGACGUCUCCACUUAAACAGAAUCGAAUGCUCUGGCACAGUUUUAGGGCAGAACUGGACUGACUUUCUGUCCAUCAAUAACAUUAUUUAACAGAGCAAAUAAGGUCAGGCCAUCUCUCUCUCUCUCUCUCUCUCUCUCUCUCUCUCUCACACACACACACACACACACACAUGCAGAGCAGGAAUGUGGUAGCACUGGUUCUAAGGAAUAUUAUUUUUUAUUUUAUCUCAUUUGCAUCUUCUCACUCUUUCCUCCUCUCACUUUCUCUUUCUCACAUUUUUCAUUCUCACUGUGUGUGUGUGUGUGAUUUAUUUAAUGUUCAUGUUACUGCUUUCACACACAGAAGAGUGAAUGAACACUGAAAAGAACCAAAAUGGCAAGUGAUGUGGAUCGCCAGACUGUGUUUCGCACCACGAAGGUCCGGGCGGUGCUGCGGAAAGACGGGAGCUGGAUCCGCCGAGGCGUAGAGGAACCGACUGAUCACCAGCCGAGUAAAUCUCCAGGAAUUGUGGAAUCCAGCCUUGUCCCUACCUCCAGUAGCCCCGCCUCUCAGAGCUACGCCCUUCAGACUCACACUCCUCAAACCCCCUUCACUCAAAGCUCCGCCUCUUAUACCCACAAUCCCCAAAACCCCACCCUUCAGACCCCCACCCCACAGAGCCCCACCCCACAGAACCUCACACCUCAGAGCCCCACCUCUGGCACACCCACUUCUCCAGGAUGGAGAGGGAGAAAAGGCAGCUCAUAUGUACUCUCCGCGAUGAUGAAGUUUGAAGCUCUGGAGUCACCAGAGAGCACACCGGCCAAGACCAGUUCCAGUUUGUUCAAAAGCCCUGAAGAUAAAUCUGAAGGUAAAACACAGGUUAAACCAACACUGAAAUCUUCUGAACUCAAUGAAGUUACUCCUGUGGCAAAGACACCUGAAGUUACAGCACCUGUGGUAAAGACACCUGAAGUUACACCUGUGGUAAAGACACCUGAAGUUACACCUGUGGUAAAGACACCUGAAGUUACACCUGUGGUAAAGACACCUGAAGUUACACCUGUGGUAAAGACACCUGAAGUUACACCUGUGGUAAAGACACCUGAAGUUACAGCACCUGUGGUAAAGACACCUGAAGUUACUCCUGUGGUAAAGAGACCUGAAGUUACUCCUGUGGUAAAGACACCUGAAGUUACACCUGUGGUAAAGACACCUGAAGUUACAGCACCUGUGGUAAAGACACCUGAAGUUACUCCUGUGGUAAAGAGACCUGAAGUUACUCCUGUGGUAAAGACACCUGAAGUUACACAUGUGGUAAAGACACCUGAAGUUACACCUGUGGUAAAGACACCUGAAGUUACUCCUGUGGUAAAGACACCUGAAGUUACUCCUGUGGUAAAAACACCUGAAGUUACACCUGUGGUAAAGACACCUGAAGUUACUCCUGUGGUAAAGACACCUGAAGUUACACCUGUGGUAAAGACACCUGAAGUUACUCCUGUGGUAAAGACACCUGAAGUUACUCCUGUGGUAAAGACACCUGAAGUUACACCUGUGGUAAAGACACCUGAAGUUACAGCACCUGUGGUAAAGACACCUGAAGUUACUCCUGUGGUAAAGACACCUGAAGUUACACCUGUGGUAAAGACACCUGAAGUUACACCUGUGGUAAAGACACCUGAAGUUACACAUGUGGUAAAGACACCUGAAGCUACAGCACCUGUGGUAAAGACACCUGAAGUUACACCUGUGGUAAAGACACCUGAAGUUAUGGCACCUGUGUCUGUCCCUUCAGCAUCUCUGGUCCACAGCACACCUCGAACUGACAGUGUUGUGCUGUGUUCCUUCUGUAACAAACCUGUGGAGAGUGAUAGAAUUGUACUGAACAUUCCUCCAAUUAUCUGCCAUGUGGAGUGCUUUCAGUGUGCUACAUGUGCUAAAUCGCUAGGUGACAUGAGGUCCUCCAUGUUCCAUCACAGAGGGAAGAUUCACUGUGGGAAAUGCUUUGAUAGAGUGAUUUCCGGCGAAUAAAGCCAUCGCCAUGGAAACAACAGCUAUACCUUUCAGCUGUCUAUUAAUUAUAUCUUUUUUCCUUUUUGUGAAGUAGAUUGAUACAGAAAUGUUUUACCACGUGUACUUUCUUUCCUAUUUAAGUUUCAUUCAAAGUUUUACAUAAAUUUGUAAUUAAUUGUGUGAGAUAUAAUAAAUCAACAAAAGUUGAAA